CACAUAGUCGACCUUCCAACAUGGCGUCUGUUGUGACAAUCGUCAGUCGGUUUUGCUAUCGAAGUCCCACAAGACCUUUAUUCGUAGCAGCUUUAAUCUUCCUUAUCUUGAUAACCUGGAAAUUCCUCAUAGCUCAGCCAGAUGCAAAUGCAUUAAUGAUGCACAGCAAGCACGGAAUAGUGUCAGAUGGAGGUCCAAAGCAACAGGUUCAAUCGGUGCAUGAUUUACACGUUCCCCUGCAAAGUCCCGUAAAAAAACAAGAAUCAAGGAAACGUUUGGUUAACAAGCUUGACAAUCUAGACAAAGGAAAGGAGUCAGAACACGAGGGAAAAGUUUACGAUGAUGAAGAGAACGCUAUUGAUGAAAAACAAAAUGGUGUCGAUAAAGCGACUGCGAAACAACGCCAAAAACAGGUGAAAAAGAACCUUUUUGAGACCGAUAAACUAAAAUCAAAACUAACCAAAGAUCAAAUAUACGAUGAAAAAGAAAAAGCCAUUGAUGAUAAAGAUGAAGAACAAGAAACCAAAGCACUAAAAAAGGAUAACGAAGAAACAAAAGGAAAUAUCCAAAGUAGUUCAAGGACCUCAAAGACUAAUGAUAUAUCGACCCAGUUACCUAGUGAUAGCAAAACUCUCCAAACACUCAAAUCCACGGAAACCAUCGCUAUUAAUCCCAAAUCUACUAAUAUUACCAAGCCUGAAGAUUUUCCUGUUGGAGAGUACAAUAUAUUACUAACCCUAGUCAACAUGGCUCCUAGUAGUGACCUAGCAACAGGGAUGAGAAAGUGUCUAAAGUCAAUCUGUAGACACAGCUCAAUCAAAAUAACUGUUCAUGUAGUUGUUGAUGAUAUUGGGGAAAUGGUUGUUCAAGACUUCUUUAAGACCAUGAAAGGAAAGUGUAGAGAAUCUGAGGUUGUGUACCAUAAUGUUGGGAGUCUAACUCGUCAGCUACAACCAAUAACCAAGGUGUUGCAGGAAUCAUUCAGCUCUGCACGUUCCUACUACAACAAUCCAAUAUUCUUUAUCUCCACUGCUUUGUAUAAAAUCUUUCCUCCCAAACUCACCAAGAUUAUAAUGUUGGAUGUUGAUAUGAGAUUCUUUAGUGACAUCAAGCUUCUGUUUGACAUGUUCAAGAACUUCAAAGAGUCCACCAUUAUGGGCCUUGCUCGGGAACAGUCUCCAGUGUAUCAUCACAUUCUCUAUAGGUACAGACAGACACAUAAGGAUACAUUACUAGGAGAACCGCCUCCAAACGGAAUAACAGGUUUUAAUAGUGGAGUAGUGCUUUUAAACUUGGAGCAAAUGCGCAAGUCAGCCACAUACAAUAAUGUUCUAAACAGUAAACACAUCAAGGAACUAACAGAUAAGUAUCAAUUCCAAGGGCACCUUGGUGACCAGGAUUUUUUUACACUUUUAAGUUUUGAGUAUCCGGAGUUGUUUUACAUUUUACCAUGUUCAUGGAACCGACAAUUGUGUUUGUUCUGGAAGGAGAAUGGAUACAAUGAAAUCUUUGACUUGUACAAUAAUUGCAGUCAACCUAUUCAUGUUUAUCAUGGAAACUGCCGAGCUGAAAUCCCAGUGAAAGAUGAAGAGGAUAUGGAUUGAGACACCAGAUUUUAUUGAAACUUAAGUUUAACAACUAAACACUGUUUUAAUUUAUAUGGAUCAAGAAAAAGCUAACGACAGAUUAUUCAGCAAUACAUACUGUCAAUCAAAUAAACCAUUCCUACAUGUACGUACCUUCCUCCAGUCCAGGGGGGACUCCGGGAAAAAAGUACCGGGGAUGCUCGACGGAAAUUUUCAAAAAGACCCCUAAAAGAUACUGGAAGUCUUAAAAAAAGCGUGGCUGAAUGACUUUUAACCCCUAAGAGAUACCACAACAAAUAAUAAGUUUCCUCGAGUAGUAAUUAUUCUUCUUAUACUAGGCAUCUGGCCUAUAAAAAGAGCCUAGGAUAAGCCAUAUCGAUGCGCGCUUCUCUCCUUUUCCGACACCCAAAGAGAUACCAGAAAAUGCUUUUUUUCAAAAAUUCGCAUUUAACACCCUAA